AUGCGCAGUGUAUAUACUGCAGCAAUUCCAACUGAACACCUACGAAUGAGCAGCAGCAGCAGCAGUGGCAGCAGCAGCAGCAGCUGUGCUGCUGCCGGUUCUCCUGAGGAACUGAGGGCCCUUGAGGUUGUUGCAGCAGCAGCAACAACAGCAGCAGCAGCAGCAAAUGCAGCAGCAACAGCAAAACGGCUUAUGCAGCUGCAGAAUGCUGCUACUCGCUGCUCCUCCUCUUCUUCUAAGAGGGCACCUUGUCAGCUGCAGCAGCAGCAGCAGCAAAUGCUUGCUGCAGCAGCAGAAGAAGCUGCAGCAGCAGCAGCACCAGAAGUAGCAGCACCACCAACAGCAGCAAGCAUUUCCUGCGAUACCCCUACAGAGAACGCAGAAGCAGCAGCUGCUGCUGCUGCGUCUGCAGCAGCGGCAACCGCAGCAGCAACAACUGCAGCAGCAGCAGCAGCAGCAGCAAAUCUAACAGCAGCAGAUGAUAUCUUAAUAGAUAACGUGGAGCUUUUGCUGUGGCAGCUGCAGCAGGAGGUGCUGCAGCAGCAGCAGAAUGCAGCAGCAGCAGCAGCAGCAACUGAGGCGCUGCAGAAACUUUGCAGCAACUGCAGCAGCAACGACAACAGCUGCAGCAGCAACAGCUGUAUGAGUGUAUCUGCUGCUGCUGCUGCUGCUGCUCCUUGUGCUGCAGCACUUUGUACAGCUGCUGUAUCUUUAUUGCAGCAGGAUGCUGCCUUCAAGCUGCAGCUGCUGCAGGAGGUUGCAGCAGCAGCAGCAGCAACAGCAGCAGCAGCAGCAGCAGAUACACAAGCAGCAGCAACCUCUGCUGCUGCUGCAGCAAAAGCAGCACGACUAGCUUGGAUGACUCAUCCCUUUGUUGCACGACUGCAGCAGCUGCUGCCGCUGCUGCGCCGACAGCUGCAGCAGCAGCAGCAACAGCAGCAAAGGCAGCAGCAGCUAACUGCGGAGACAGGACUCGAAUUUGUUACUUAA